AUGCAUUUCAUCACCAUCCUCACAACCGCGGUCGCGACCCUCGCAUCUAUUGCAGCAGCUGCUCCUAAGACCGAAACUUUCGCAACAGCUAGUGUCUAUGCCUUCAACCGAGACCAGAACACUCACAAGUUCGUCGACGUUCCUUUCGGCAAGCUCACACACAUCGACUAUCAAAUCACCGACCUUGAGCUCCGCGGCGUUCAGUUCCUUCUCCCCGACGGCGAGAAGAUCGAUCCCGACAAGGUGACCUGUCAGAUGUACAAGGACAGCCUGGGCACCCAGCCUGGGAGCGCUGCUUUUACGAAGAAGACGCCUGCCCAUAUCAGUCUCUUCAAUCCUGUUCAGUUUGGAUGGGUCUUGUGCUAUGUCAACGUUGGUAGCGCCUAA